CAUCCCUCCUUCCACCGGCACUCCCAGCACUGGCGCUCUGCCAUCACCGCCUGCCGGCCUGCCUCCUCCUGCCCUCGCCGCCGUCAACCUCCCAGCACGCCACACGCUCCAUCCGGCCCAGCUCCUCAGAGGGGACGAAGGAAGCCCCCCACACACACCCCCGCCGCCGUGGUAGGGCAGAAAGGCCUCGCACACCUCCACCCACCCCAGCCGAAGGAGAUGGAAAAUGCAUCUCUCAGCCACUCUACAGGACAGCAUCGGGGGCGCUGAUACUGAAGACCAAGACGCCGGUCGGACAAAAUGCAGGUGCAAGAUGGCCCGACAUCCCUUGUCAGACAUGCAGCAGCCAUUUUCCACAUAGUAUUCACGGACGCUUUAGGAGGAGGACGACAAAAUCCGGUCCGAGAGAGGAAGGGGAAAAAUCUCAAAACGGAAAGGGGCAGAGGAGCGAAACAAGGUGUGCCGCGGCGGUUUCCCAUCCCAGUAGUAAUGGGUCCGCACCUGCUUAGCUGUCAUGUUCGGGCACCUGAAGGGUAGCGGGGCUGCAAGCUGUGUCUCGCCAGCACCGGCACCGCUCUUAGCCCUCACGGCCGCGUACAGCCCCCGCCGGGGCGGGACCGAACGCCUUUCCCCGCCCCACACUUCCUGUGACCACUCCCCCGUCCCCGCACCGCCGCUCCCCUUUCUUCUCGCCGUGGUGGCGACGUGGUUGCCGGCGGCGGCCGAAGCCGCAGUAAUGUGGCUUGCGCUGGCGGCGCUGCUCGCGACGGCGGGAGCGCAAUACGAGCGCUACAGCUUCCGCAGCUUCCCGCGGGACGAACUCAUGCCUCUCGAGUCCGCUUACCGAUACGGCCUGGACCAGUACAGCACCGAGAACUGGCCCGAGAGCGUCAACUACCUGGAGGUCAGCAUGCGGCUCUACCGCCUGCUGCGCGACAGCGAGGCCUUCUGCCACCGCAACUGCAGCGCCGCCGGACAGACCCCUGCCCUGGUCUCUCCCACCGCCGCCGGGGGAGCGCUGACCGAGCUGCGUCUCCUGGCCGGGGUGCUGCGGCGGGCCCAGUGCCUGCGGCGCUGCAAGCAGGGGCUGCCUGCCUUCCGCCAGGCCCAGCCCGGCCGCGAACUGCUUGAGGAGUUCCAGCGCCGUGAGCCAUACAAGUACCUGCAGUUUGCCUACUUCAAGGCUAAUAACCUUCCAAAAGCUAUUGCAGCAGCUCACACGUUUCUUCUGAAGCAUCCAGAUGAUGAAAUGAUGCAAAGAAAUAUGGCCUACUAUAAGAGCAUACCUGAUGCUGAGGAGCAUAUUAAAGACUUGGAGACAAAGCCGUAUGAGAAUCUCUUUGUCAGGGCUGUGAGAGCAUACAAUGGUGACAACUGGAGAACGUCCAUCUCUGACAUGGAACUGGCUCUUCCUGAUUUCUUCAAAGCCUACGAUGACUGUACAGCAGCCUGUGAAGGCUCCCGAGAGAUCAAAGAUUUUAAAGACUUCUAUCUCUCCAUAGCAGAUCAUUAUAUUGAAGUCCUUGCCUGCAAAGUGGAGUGUGAGAGUAAUCUGACACCCAUUAUAGGAGGCUUUGUUGUCGAGAAAUUUGUAGCCACCAUGUACCAUUACUUGCAGUUUGCUUAUUAUAAAUUGAAUGACAUGAAGAAUGCAGCUUCUUGUGCUGCUAGUUACCUUCUGUUUGACCAGAAAGAUGAAGUAAUGAAACAGAACAUGGUAUAUUAUCAGUACCACAAAGACAAAUGGGGACUUAAAGAAGAGGAUUUUCAGCCAAGAUCGGAGGCAGUUCGAUACCACAACAUAACCACACUCCAGUUGGAAAUGUAUGAAUUCGCAAAGGAACAUCUGAUGGAUGAUGAUGAGGGUGAAGUGGUGGAAUUCCUUGAUGAGCUGUUAGAAGUAGAGGAAAAGAAGGAAUCCUGAUGAGUGAAAUCACCACGAAGUAUUUUACAAAAGUGAAGACUUGUCAUUGCUCCUUACUAUUGUUUUUGGUCAGCUGUAGUUCCAGUUAGAUAUACCUCAAAGCUGCUCCUUUAAGCUCCGCCUUAUGUCACUGAAACCUCACUUCCAUGCUGCACUGACUUUUCUGUGAGCAUGGCUUUUCCCUGUGCAUUUACAGAAUUGGUGCAUAUGGGUUCUCUUCUUGAGCUUGCUUUCCUUUACACAAACACAACAAAGCAGACUAUUUGUAUUUUCUGGGCUAACACUAAGGUUCCUCAUUUCAGUGCUGUUCUACUAAGUUAUAACAGUACAGCUAAAUUCUGAAGAACUUUUGUCAGAUUGUGAACCACGGAAGACAUAACAGUUCGUCUAGUCUUUCUGAGUUAUCUAUUGUAUUAUUUAUAUAUGUCUUUUUCUGUGAUGAUGAAUAAAGUGAUACUGAAUCCCAGUGCACCCGAAAGAUGUUAAGAUACAUUUAGAUAGCUGAAAUAAGAUGAUUAACAAAGCAUGAGUCAUCUUGUAAAAAUUGCUUAAAGAAGUCUGUAAGCAGUGUUGAUCUUUCUUAGAAACUAAAUUAAAUUCUAUGAUGUGAAACUGAAGUCACUUAAAACUGAAUAAUAAAUAAUUCCUUCUUCCUACCAA